GCAUUUAAUUCGAGCACGCUGUAUUGUGAUCAAGCGAUCGAAUCAAUAGUCAGUGAGCGAACGAAUGAACGAACGAGCGAACGUUUUGCAUUAGAACAGAAAAAAAAUACACUCGUCUAUUAAACACUUCGUAAUCGUAGCAGUGUGUGUAGACUUUCCCAUUUUCUGAUGGUUUUUUUUAUUUUUCUCAUCACUCCUAAACGAUCAACCAGCGUGAGAAUCAGUGACUAAUAAGGACGGUACCUAUAUACACGCUUGUUUAAUUUCCUAAUUUUUUUGGACAAAAUCGUCAUCUGGAGUAUAAAAAAUAUAUAUAUAAAAAUAUUAAAAAAUAAAAAAAACGAAGUAAUUUUGUCUGCGUAGAAUGAGCUACGCGGAUAUUAAAGGCAGCAAAAAUCAACAGCAACAAUUGUGCAUUUCUUGUUAAUUUCUCUCUCUACACAAGCUUGCUAGAUAUUCUAGUCAUCAUGGUUCACCUGCGACGCAAGAUUUUAUCCUUUGGAAAUCUCGUUAAUCAACUGCAACAGAAUGUAAGAUGGAGUUCCUCUUUAAAAACUAAAGACAAAAAAUCUGUACAAUCUCAACGUUCCUUUAAGUAUGCAGAUUUAUCGGUUACCUUCGCUGAGCCACAUCAAUUAAAUCCUAAACCUGAUGUUAAUCACCUUUAUUUUGGCAAAUAUUUUACCGAUCACAUGCUUAAAGUACAUUAUUACGAAAGCAUGAACGGUUGGCAGGCGCCUGAAAUUAUGCCUUUUGGAAACAUAAGUCUUCAUCCAGCUGCGAAAGUACUUCAUUAUGCCAUAGAGUUGUUUGAAGGUAUGAAAGCUUACAGAGGCGUUGAUGGCAAAAUAAGAUUAUUUAGGCCAGAGUUAAACAUGGAGAGAAUGAAUAAUUCAGCAAUAAGAGUUGGUCUGCCUCCUUUCAGAGGUGAAGAAUUGAUCAAGUGCAUACGCAGAUUAAUUAGUAUAGAUCAGGAAUGGGUUCCACAUUCUACUACCUCUAGUCUUUACAUUCGUCCUACGUAUAUAGGUGUCGAUCCUACCCUUGGAGUUGUAGCUUCGGACGCGGCUUUAUUGUACGUUAUCCUGUCUCCUGUCGGACCUUACUUUCAAACUAAUGACGGACAGCCAGGAAUUUCCCUGCUUGCAGAUCCUAGACAAACGAGAGCAUGGCAAGGCGGUUCCGGAAACUAUAAAGUAGGUAGUAAUUACGGACCUACGAUUCCGAUGCAACAGGAAGCGAAUGAAAAGGGUUUACAUCAAGUACUUUGGCUGUACGGGGAAGAUCACGAAAUUACAGAAGUCGGGGCUAUGAACGUUUUCAUAGUUUACCUAAAUGAUAACGGAGAAAAAGAAUUGCUGACACCACCCUUGAACGGCUUAAUCUUACCCGGAGUUGUGAGAAAUUCGCUUCUAUCCAUGGCAAGGCAGAGGAACCAAUUUAGAGUUUCGGAAAAAUCUAUCACGAUGAAGGAAAUUAUCCGAUUACUUUCACAGAACAGACUGUUGGAAAUAUUUGCAUCAGGCACAGCAGGUGUAGUCACUCCCGUAUCUUGUAUUGAAUAUCUGGGAGAAAAGUUGCAUAUACCAACCACGGAGCAGUCCGACUCGAUUUAUCUCAGGCUCAAAAAAGAUUUGCUAGAUAUACAAUAUGGUGUUAUACCUGAACAUCCGUGGUGUUUAAUUAUCGAAUAAAGUAUAUACGGAAGAUUGCACGCAUAAUUAUGCGAUCUUGAUGACCAUUUAUUGAACGUCAUAUAUUCAUAUAUGUAUACACAUGUGACAUAUCUUUAAUGAUACGCAGAAUGUAGGAAUUAAAUUAUAAUAUUUAUUUAUAUAUUUUAUUUUUUUUGCGAAUAUAUUAUAUAUAUCGCACACGCUUUUACGAAGAAAGCCUUAUUCUGCGCGAUACUUCGAAUUAUUUGUGCUGUGUGUUUAGAAACUUAUUUUCAUUGAGUUACUACAUUGUAAGAAAAAGUAUUAUCUUUUUCUAAAAAUUAUACGUAAAUUUUACAUAUAAUGUU